AUGCCUUUGUGCCAUGUAGAAGGUUGGCAGCCAAGGUGUGAUAUCUUCUCAAGCAGAUAUGGCCAGCAUGGUGUUUACAUAGGCUACAGGCAAGACUGGCCAUACAAGACCUGGCCACCAUCCAUCUACAUGGCUCAUGGGCAAACUGGCCAGACAUGUCGGCCAGGUCUAAUAAUUAUCUACAUUGAAUGGCCAGCCAUGCUCUUAGGCCACAUAGCCAACGUGCUGGCCGGGUCAGCUUAUAACAUCCUGCCCACCAUCCCUCUAUUCCUUAAGUCCUGGCCAUUAGCCUUCUAUGUCACCUCAGGACAUACAGGCCGAGCAUUAUCUAUAGUCAUAGCCUUUUUGCAUGUCCGGAGCCAGGGUUCUACGUUGGAAAUGACUGAAGGGUCUGGUGUGACCUCGUCCGAUCCUAUGCAAUUUCUGACCUCACAUCUUUUUCCGAUGCUAAGUAUAAUGUUACAGGCAGACUCCCGACCUCAAAUCCUUCAAGAGUGUUUGAAAUGCAAAUCAGAUUUGGAGAUACCAGAUGAUUCCCUCCCUCCCAGUCUCAAGUGGCGUACCCGCGCCCGACCCUAUGCAAUUUCUGAACUCGCAGCAGGCUCCCGACCUCAAAUCUUCCAAGAGCGUUUGAAACACAAAUCAGACUUGGAAACACCAGAUGAUUCCCUCCCUCCCAGUCUCAAGCAGCGUACCUGCGCCCAAUCCUAUGCGAUUUCUGACUUCACACUGCCUGUGGCAGACCUGAGGACAGUCACACAAGUCUGCCGCCUGUCAAGGGACAUCGCUGCAUCCCUAUAUUUUCAUUCUAUGGGCUUCCAUAUUGAGCAGACGUGGCUGCGAGUCAAUGCCCAAGGCUGCCUAGCCCUUUUGUUGUAUACGUGGACAGCUUUCUUCCGCAUUCCUCAGGUUCUCCGAUGUGAUUUCCUUGAUAUUAGUGACCAUAACUUGACAGCCCUCAAGGUUUUCUUGGAGGCGUUGAGAGGUACCUUGAGCAGCAUCCAGUGGGCCACACUGCUGAGAAAUGUCCACCUUCCAUUACUUCAUAUGUUCAGCAUCGACAUUGAGUGUCCCCCUGCUGCUUUAGGUGAUUUUCUGGCAUGGCAUUUGACUAUUGGUCAAGUCUGGAUUACGCCUGGACAUACUCCUACCCUCGUUACCAAUGACUCCUCACAGCAUGUCAUUCCUGAUUACCGCCUGCAAAAUUUGGGCGUUCUUGAGGGUCCACCUUGGUACCUGCUUGCCCUUCUAGCCAAAGUUCACCCAGCACACUCUAUCCGACACCUGAGCAUGCGGUUUGAGGAAGAUUCGACUUUGUUCAAUCCUAAUUACCUGUCCGUCAUUCUGGACAUUACGCAACACUUUACCACCAUCCAGGAGCUGCAGUUGAGCUUUUAUGGCACUGCUCAUUCUGCUGAGCACUUUGAGGUCCUGGAUAACGAAUGCCACACUGUGCCUGCAAAGAAUUUAGCGAUUUCUACGCAUUGCGAGGAUGAUAUCUUUGUGAGUUUUCCUUCAUACCAAGCAUCAUUAGUACUUAUCACCAUGUAA